CUGGAAGAUUAUAUUCCUGAGGUGGAAGAAUUUUACAGGAAAAACCACAGUGGCCGAAAAUUACAGUGGCAUCAUCUCAUGUCCAAUGGAGUGGUGAGUUAGUUCACGUGAUGAAGUCUUUCUUUAGAUUUCUUUACAGUCAACUCUCUCUUAACGGACACUUCUAUAAGACGGACACCUAUUAUGUUGUUCAAUCACUGGGCUGAAAGGUUGAAUCUCGUUUAUCACGCUCUCUUUGGUAACUUGUGUUCUCGUGUGCUUUGGCUUGACGACGCGUAUUUGAUGCAGAAAUUAUGCAGUUUUCCUUACAUACUAUUAGCUGUUUUUUCUUCUUUGUCUUGAUACAUCACCUCUGUCCAUUUUCUAAAUUUGUAAUUUUAAACCGAGAUCUCUUUCGACCAGUUGAUAUCUUAAUACUGGACGCAACAACUCCCACCAUUGUGGGCCCGAAAAAUGUUAAAAGUUGUUGGAUAGUGUUGGCAGAGGUGUGCAAACGGAUGGAACAACCCCCCAAUAAUGUUGGGACUCGCAGUGCAUUAUUUAUUCCAUAAUCAGAAUUCGAGCGUCAAUAUUGUGACACACGUGACUGAUGUUCAAGGAGACCAUGUGUAAUGCGCGUGCGUGCUCCCAACAAUGUUGGAAGAGCUGUGGAAACAGAUCGAACAUUGUUGCGCUACGCUUCGGCGACCAUAGAACAACAACAAAAAAAGUUGGGAGUUGUUGGCUUAAAAGUUUGACCGGUUUCAAACUUUGCGCAGCAAAUCCCAACAAUCCGGAACAACAUGCAGCAUCAUGCAACAGGGUGUGCAGACCGACGCAACAUGUAACAUCCAACAAUGUUGCGUCCGUUUGCUCGGGGUUCUAGAACAUUUUGUAACGUAUUGAUUUAGUCUUGUUGAGACCCUGGACUCUUCUUUUAAAGAUAACGUUUGCCAACAAAAUUGGGAAAUUUGACCUUGAAGUGACAACUUUUCAAAUGGCUGUUCUCUUUGCCUGGAAUGAGCGACCACACGAGAAGAUAUCCUUCGAAAAUCUGAGGUCAGUAAAGUGCAGCCUUGUUUUGCCUAUCUUCAAGUUUGGUAUUUAGUGCAUACAACUCUAGAACUGGGGCUUAUCCCAGCCUUCGCCAGAGACGGAACUAAAGGUCUGGCUACGCGUUCGGCUGCGAUCCAGCGCCGAAAUCUUUGUUCUGGGCCCAGGCUGUGUACCAGGAUUUGAGUACGCGCCGUGGUUGGCUUGUUAAAAAGCCAUUGUUCGACUGGCCAGUCAGGUUGAAACGCACUUCAGAAUGAAGUCGAGAGCAAGGGUUUCGUCGCUACUUCGCAGAAGCUGUUAGCCGGGGCUAGAUUUCCCCUGUCCCAGCCAUUGGCCGAAGUGAACAAUACGAGUCUCGGUGUAAGGGCGUAAGCAUGAGUCAUCUUGAAAAUAGUACUUAGGGAAGGAGUUGUUAUCUCAGCCAUAAAAAGCGAAAUUAGUCUCAAGCAUUCAUUAGCAAUUUUUGUUUCUCUUUAUCCUCGUCACCAUACACAAAAGCAAGAGAUAAAUAAAUAUUAAACUAGGGAGAAAGUUGAACCGCUACGUGGAUCAGUUAUUGAGUGCGUGUUCUUUUCAUUUUGUAGGCUUGCUUCCGAACUUCCUGAUUCGGAACUCAGGAGGACGUUGUGGGUAAGCUUUGUGAUUUCUAAUUUUUAA